CUUUCAUUCUUUCAUUUUUUUCUUUGUUUUCAGACAAACGAUGCCAGCAGCAGACACGCAUGGAUUGACUGCGAUUGAGCUGGCAGACAAGCUCUUCCGGCUUGACGGGUUCAAGCACGGCGAUGUUGCCGAGCACAUUAACAAGCCAACUCGCUUUUCCAAGGAUGUGGCAAAAGAGUACCUCCGCCACUUUGCGUUCGCAGGCCAGCCCCUUGAUAUCAGCAUGCGUCAAUUCUUCAAGGCAUUCAGCUUGAAAGGCGAGACCCAGGAGCGCGAGCGAAUUCUGACUGCAUUUGCAGAGCGCUACCAUGAAGAAAACCCCGCCAAUUUCAGCUCGGCAGCGUCGGUCGAUGCACUUGUCUGCGCCCUCGUGCUGUUGAACACAGACUUGCAUAACGCACAUGUGGAGAAGAAGAUGACACUUCCCGCCUUCCUCAAGUACACUGUGGGCAUGAAUGGCGGGAGCGAGUUUCCCCAAGAUGUUCUGAAGGCACUAUACAAAAGCAUCAAGGCGGAUGAAAUUGAAAUGCCCGAUCACGAGCGCGAGGAGGCCAAGCUCCUGAUCCAGCAGCAGUUGCAGCAAGCACAACAGCUUUCUCAAUCAGACAAGAAGGCGCGGUUUUGGAGUCGUCGAACGGGAGAUGCGAACUUGAACGCAAGUCUGCCGAACGAUCUUGAUAGCACCGGCAAAGAUUCGGGCAUGCUGCGAUCAUCGUCCAUGCCGAACGAUGAACUUGCACUGGUGAAGGAAUCCAUUGUGGAACGAAAGGUCGAGACGGAGUCGUACGGCAAGAAAGCCUCGGAUCGAUCCUGGAAGACUUAUCAUAUUGCGCUGCGAGGUCACACGUUGUUCUUUUACAAGUCUGGCGCCAAUUUCUCCCGGAACUUGGCCUUGCCCGCCGAGGAUUCCUUCUCAUUGGUGCACUCGUACGCUGCACCAGCGACCGAAUACACAAAGCGCGAGCACGUUAUGCAACUGACCACACACAUUUACGGCACUCAGCUUAUUCAGUGCAAAGACAGUGCUGACAUGCUCGACUGGGUUGGCAUCAUCAACCGAACUGCCGCACUCCUCUCCACGGCUCCCCUAGCUGCUCCUGUCGGGUCUCAGCUUAUCUACCAUCGCCCUCUCCAGCCCACCAAGCCUAGCACUGCGUCCAUUCCCGAGCAAUACGAGUUCUUGCGAUCACACAUUGAGUCACAGGUCAAGGAACUGGCAGAACACAAUGCAGAGAAGGAUGAGAUUUGGGCAUUGGAGGACAACAAGCAACGCCAUCGCCAGAAUUGGACAAAGAAGCUCGAAUUCCUGACCUAUGAGCUUGAGCGCUACCGUCUGUAUGCCAAAGUCCUCCAAAGCCAGCUUGGAGUGUCGCCGAGCGCGUCCAAGCGAUCUUCGCUCAUCAGCCCCGUCACCAAGCGAGCCGCAGACGCAUCGCCAUUGCGCGAACGUGCCAUGCAGAACGCGGCGGCGGCGGCGGCUGCACGAGCAUCGCCGAAUGGCUCCCCACACACGUCGCCCCUGCUACCGCGCGCACUCACGAUCGUCGGCGCCGCUGCUCCGAAGGCAGCCACCAACGGACAACCUGCCACUGACGACGACGAUGAUGCUGAUGUCGUUGCUCGCCCAGAGAAGGGCAAAGGCAGGGCCAAGGUGCAAGACUUUGACGAGCCAGCUGCCCCACGUCAUCCCGGCGAUUUCCAGGCCAGUGCGUUGCGAUUUUCGGGCCGCAGCGACAGCUAUCGUGAAGCUCUCAACGAGCUAUCUGUUUAAGCGCGCGAUGAUACGGUAUCGUACUCUCCGUCGUUCGUGGAGAGAGAUGAAUUUCAGAAAGUUUUGGUUUAUGGUUUGUUUUCGUCCUUUUUUUUUUUUUUUUUUUUUAUUGAUUUUUUUUUCUCUUCGUCCG